CACGUCUCUUUUCCUACCAGGCGUCAUGGAACCAUCAGACCAGCCCCACGCCAGCUAUCCUACCUCCUGGGAGCUUGGUAUCAUUAUCACAUCUUUAUUUUUUGGCUCAUUUCUCAUAGCAUUGGAUACAAACAUUAUCAACGUAGCUAUCCCGAGAAUCUCUUCCGACUUUCAUUCCUUGGGGGAUAUCGCUUGGUAUGGAACAGCAUAUCUCUUAACCAUCACAGCCUUCCAACCAAUAUUUGGGUCUCUCUACAAAUUCUUCAGCACCUCGGUGGUGUACAAAGUGUCAAUCGUCAUUUUCGAAGUCGGUUCUGUCCUCUGCGCCACAGCUACAUCCUCCGCAGUGUUCAUUUUUGGGAGAGCCAUCGCUGGCUUAGGCGCAGCCGGCAUCCUCCAAGGUGCACUCAGUAUCAUCAGCCAAAUCGUACCUCUAGAGCAGCGACCAAUGUAUAUGGGAAUAGUAAUUAGCGUGUUUGCCGUGACUGUCUGUGUGGGACCACCUCUUGGAGGUGCUUUUACUCAGCACAGUUCAUGGAGAUGGUGUUUCUGGAUCAAUCUUCCAAUCGGCGCGGCGGUUCUCGUGGCGCUUACGGUUUUCCUGAAACUCAAAAGAGAAGACAACCAAUACCAACAAAUGUCCCUCAAGAAGAAGUUGGCUAGCAUGGAUCCCUUUGGCUGCCUGACCUUCAUCAGCGCAGUAUGCUGUCUUCUUCUUGCGCUGCAAUGGGGGGGCCAAACGAAGCCCUGGAAGUCUGCUAUGAUUAUCGGACUUCUUGCUGGGUUUGCUGGGUUGGCUAUUCUAUUCGUUUGCAUUCAGUUGAUAUUGCAAGAUAAUGCGUUGAUUCCUAUCCACGUAAUUCGACGCCGAUCGAUCUGGACAGGAGUAAUAGUGUUGUUCUUCCUUGGAUCAUCGAACUAUCUAAUCUCAUUCUUUAUGCCGUUUUGGUUCCAAUCGGUUCGCAAUAUCAAACCAGUUGACAGCGGUGUAAAUUUCAUCCCUUACCUCUUACCACAAAUUGUUGCUUUGGUUAUUGUAGGGGUUUUGGUACGAGCGACAGGGUAUUAUGUUCCAUACAUGGUUCUUGGGGAGCUGGUUUGCAUCGCAGGAAUGGCACUGCUCACUCAAUUGAGCGAGACUACUACCACAGUGAAAUGGGCGUCUUUCCUUGUGGUAGCUGGUUUGGGAAUGGGGAUGGCGAUGCAGCUCCCUUACACAGCUGUUCAAGUUACCCUCCCGGAUGAGGAUAUACCGACAGGAAAUGGACUUGCUGUGCUUUUCUACCAAUUGGGAGGGGCUACUGCGAUCUCAUUUGGUCAAACCAUAACGAUAUCUACCAUUAUUGAACAAUUGCCUAGUCGAAUACCCGGUCUUCCUGUCGACGCUGUACUCAAGGCCGGCGCGUCAGGGCUGUCGGAUCUCGUCUCGUCCCCGGAUGCACUGCGAACAUUGAAGUCAAUAUGGAACACCGCUAUCGACCGCACUAUGAUCCUCUCUGUUGCACUAGUAGCAGCUUCUGUACCAUUUACUCUAGGUAUGGAGUGGCUGAGUGUGAAAAAGACUACCAAAAGUCAGGUGUCGGAAGCCGAAAGUAAAAACAACAAACAGGCACCGGGUGAGAUAGGACCUCUGUCCGAGGCUCUGAGUGAAGCGCCUAAGAUGGCAUAGGUAAUUCCAGGCAAGAAGAGGGAAACUCAGCAUGACUUAGCG